ACACAGCAAGCUGAAGAAAGAAAGGAAAAACUCCAUUAAAAACCUCCAGCUUUCCUCCAUGUUAGAAAUGAAAUGGAAAAUGGAGUGGAUUUAGCAGGAAUCCCUGAUUCCUCUGGCCAAGCUGGAGAAGGGGAGAAGCGAAUCAACACCUCAGACUGCUGAUAUUUUUAAAGUUGCAAUAAAUAUCGAGGUCUCUGUGACAGGAUGAGUAUUUCCUGACUCAAGCUCACAAGAAAGGGCAAUCCUUUUUUUAAAAUCGAUGUAUAAUUUAUUUACCUCAAUGCUCCUCUUUACUGAUAUGGUCAUUGUUAGAGGCGGUUGGAACAGCCUGGAAACAUUAGCAUGAUUUCCUGAGGUUGAGAGCCUCCCAAACUCAGGAAGAGUCAAUACAAUUGCACUUCAUUUUCCCUUCAUGUGCACUUGGAAGUCCUGGGACCAGCAGCAACACCAGCAAGAAUGAACUGUAAGGAGGAAGAUGACAACAGCACCCACUGCAGCAGCAAUAACGUGAAGAAGAUGUUGAAGUGUGUGGUGGUUGGGGAUGGUGCAGUUGGGAAAACCUGUCUGCUGAUGAGUUAUGCCAAUGACGCCUUCCCGGAGGAGUACGUGCCCACCGUAUUUGACCACUAUGCAGUGACUGUGACUGUCGGAGGCAAGCAGCACUUGCUGGGGCUAUACGAUACUGCAGGGCAGGAGGACUACAAUCAGCUGAGACCCCUCUCCUAUCCCAACACGGAUGUGUUCUUGAUCUGUUUUUCUGUGGUGAACCCUGCCUCUUACCACAAUGUCCAGGAAGAGUGGGUGCCUGAACUGAAAGUCAGCAUGCCGCAUGUGCCUUAUGUGCUCAUAGGAACACAGAUUGAUCUUCGUGAUGAUCCCAAAACUUUGGCUCGACUCCUUUAUAUGAAGGAGAAACCCCUCACUUACGAACAUGGAGUGAAGCUGGCUAAAGAGAUUGGAGCGCAGUGUUAUUUGGAAUGUUCAGCCCUGACACAGAAAGGCCUUAAAACAGUCUUCGAUGAAGCAAUCCUCACCAUUUUUCACCCUAAGAAAAAGAAGAAACGCUGCGUGACGUGCCACAGCUGCUGUACAGUUGUAUGAAGUCACUUGAAAAGCAAAGCAGGACAGUGCUAUUGUUCAACUAAACCCCCCAGGUUAGAAUGGCAAUGAGCGUCACACACAAACUGAAAUGGGGAACAUGACCAGAAAGGAGUCCGAUUAAACCAUAUAGGAUUCCUCAAUUCUGUGAAACCUCAGGCUGUAACAUGUUAGCCAGCUAAUGUCUAUUUGCUUUCUUAACCCUAUAGAGCUGUAUGCAGCCUGUUCCCACACUAUGCUCGUAUGCACUGAGCCAGUAUAAAACAGGAUGUCUGCUGAUGGCUGACUCUGAAUCAGGUUAGGGUUAGGGUUAGGGUGCUGUGUUGAAAACUUUAAAGACAUUGUAAAACCACCAAGAAAAACUUCAUUUGUGGCCUUAAGCAGGAAUUGAUCAAAAGUAUAAAUUUAUAAUACUUAAGAAUUGAAUAUGAAUGGAUCGAAAGCACAGAGAAAUCAUUAGGAGUUUAAUAUGUAAUCAUAUACGUUAUCUAUAGGAUAUACUUUCAAAUUACUUUUCUUUAUAAGAUACUCACUAAUUUCAGGAUCUACUUUAGUUUGUUUAAAAUGACAUGAAAGCAAAGCAGUAGUGACUCCAAUUCCCAGCCAUUUAACUCAUGUUACAGCAUCAAGCCAUCAAAAUGGAUCAGUAUUUACCUCCAGAUUGAAGGAAUGUUCUUUUUACUAUAAGAAAUGACAAAUAUCUCUAUUUUAUACAGAAUGUGUCCAGGCUGGGCCAGGAGGUUUUCAGAAGCUGGGUGAGGGAGAACAGUGGAAGUGAAAAACUGUAGCGUUAAUUUGCAGAAACAAAGUGAUCAGAUCACCAAAGAAUCUUGUGACUGACACAAAAAAAGCAGGGAGGUGUUGCAUUGCCAUGAGUAUUAUAAAUUUAAUCUACAGAUUCCACAUCUCACCCAGCGGAUGAAAACAAAAACAAACUAGCCAAAGUCACAUUGAUUUGAAGUGCUUUAUAAUGAUCCAGUUGCAUUAUUUGAAAUAGUUUUUUAGAAAUGAUCUUGUGUAAAGGUAUUCAUUUGAGCGGACUUUUAAACAUGUCUAUUUACUGUAGUCCUCUAUUUGCUAUUCAUUGCUUUGUCUGUGUCUUCCAUGUUCAUUAUUGCAAAUAGCAGUUAAGAUAUAGUGUGGGUAGACUACUCAGGAACUUUCUUUCAGACAAUAUGCAGGAUGAUGUGCUGCAGCAUGUAAUACGGAGACAGGAAGCCUGAACCUCAAGGGAAUGAAAGCUGACAAUAAGCACUCUUUGCUGUUGAAUAAAGUGUGCCUUUUUGCUAAGGCUUCUCCAGGGAGCCUGUUGUUUUGCACAUCACAGCAAGAUGCUGUUAUACCACAGACACUCGGUGGUGAACUGUGAGGGUGUCUUAUUACUUACAUCUGCCUACAAGUGCCUUGGAGAUGCCCAUGUAGCUGUCUUGUUAUGGAUUUCAUUUCUGAUUGUACCUCUCCAAGGCAUACAAUUACAAUGCCAGCAAAUCCAUGUUUCUAGACCUAUAAAGGAACUCCCUGAAAAAAGCAGUUGCAAGAGUCAGUGUUUCCAGACCUAGUAUGGAAUUGCACCCUCUCCCACCAGCAAAGUACUAGCACAGGUAUUAAUUUACCCACCGGUUUUUUGGAACAGCCAGCAUUCUCCUCUUUGGAUGCACUGUACAGUGCUUGUGUCUAUAGAGGGGCAGCUAGAAAGCCUCUGCCAUUAACGGGAGAUUAGGGAACCAAUCCUACAGUCCUUACUCAGGCAAAACUCCCAUUGACUUCAGUGGGAUUUUGAGUAAGGACUAUAGCAUUCGGCCCAAAGUAAGCCACACCAUAGAUAUAAGGUUCAAUCCCACAUUCAUUGCAAAUCAAAGACAAAACUCCCACUGACUUCAGUGAUGAUGACAGUAUCCUUUACUACACAGAUAUUUAUAGAAGGUUUUCCGAUAUGAGAUCGUUGUCAUUGCAUUGUAAAAGCCUUGCUCUGAAUUCCAGCUCCACGGCACCCAUUAAAAUCAGUGGAAAGUGCAUGGCUAGAACGUACUGGCUGUAACUUAAGGGUAAAUGAAGCAAUUUCUGUUUUACUAAAUGCAACUCACUUAGAAUUCAAGGGCCCACGAUCCUACGGACACAAAUUUAAGCUUUGCCAUUGACUCUAAUAGGAGCCGGAUCAGAAGCCAAAACAUUUAUAUCAAUACAGGUCACCCAUUAUCUCCAAGACACAAGGGAUGGUUAGCCAUGGUAAUUGGUAAAUAAGUGUCUUUUGCUAUAUUAUUGCGAAGGAUAUGAUUCUGUCAUGGAGGUCACUGAUACCAUGACUUUCCAGGACCUCCGGGACUUCUUCCAGGGCAGGGCUGGAGCAGCAGUCAGCCCCAGGGCCGCCAAAGCAGCAGCCCCAGGGCUCAAGCAAUGGCCAGGGUUGAGUCAGCCCCACUGGGGCUGAAGCUCCAGCUGUCAGCCCCUGCCGCAGGAGCAGCAGCAGGGCCAGAGCAGAGGCCUGAGGUCAGCCCCCAGCAGAACUGAUUGUUGUCUCCCAUCCCGCCCCUGCAGGGUAUUUUUUGUAAAAGUCAGGGACAGGUCACGGGCUUCCAUGAAUUUUUGUUUAUUGCCCAUGGCCUGUCCCUGACUUUUAGUAAAAAUACCCAUGACAGAAUCUUAACCUUAAUUAUUGCACAAUCGAAUUGUGAUAAACAUUGUGUCUCUGUCCAUGAACAUGACUGAAAACGAAGUUGCAGUAAGUCAGAGAUGCUAAAGAAAAUCUGGUGUGUGCCUUACACCUGGGGUACAUAUCAUAGAUUCAUAGAAUACCAGGGUGGGAAGGGACCUAAGGUCGUCACCUAGUCCAACCCCCUCCUCAAAGCAGGACCAAUCACCAAUUAAAUCAUCCCAGCCAGGGCUUUGUCAAGCCUGACCUUAAAAACCUCUAAGGAAGGAGAUUCCACCACCUCCCUAGGAAACGCAUUCCAGUGCUUCACCACCCUCCUAGUGAAAAGUUUUUCCUAAUAUCCAACCUAAAUCUCUCCCACUGCAACUUGAGACCAUUGCGCCUUGUUAUGUCAUCUGCUACCACUGAGAACAGUCUAGAGCCAUCCUCUUUGGAACCCCCUUUCAGGUAGUUGAAAGCAGCUAUCAAAUCCCCCCUCAUUCUUCACUUCUGCAGACUAAACAAUCCCAGUUCCCUCAGCCUCUCCUCAUAAGUCAUGUGUUCCAGUCCCCUAAUAAUUUUUGUUGCCCUCCACUGGACGCUUUCCAAUUUUUCCACAUCCUUCUUAUAGUGUGGGGCCCAAAACUGGACACAGUACUCCAGAUGAAGCCUCACCAAUGUCGAAUAGAGGGGAACGAUCACGUCCCUCCUUCUGCUGGCAAUGCCCCUACUUAUACAGCCCAAAAUGUCAUUGGCCUUCUUGGCAACAAGGGCACACUGUUGACUCAUAUCUAGUUUCUCGUCCACUGUAACCCCUAGGUCCUUUUUUGCAGAACUGCUGCCUAGCCAUUCGGUCCCUAGUCUGUAGCGGUGCAUGGGAUUCUUUCAUCAUAAGUGCAGGACUCUGCACUUGUCCUUGUUGAACCUCAUCAGAUUUCUUUUGCCCCGAUCCUCUAAUUUGUCUAGUAUCCCUAGUGAACAUGCUGGCUCCUGUUUCAUCCUGUCAAAGGAGUUGUCCUAGAAUAUGUUGACAGAAAGUUUGGGAAACAUAGCUCAGACCAGAAAGCGAGCCCGGAGACGAUGCCAUUUUCUUCCGUAUGAAAGGAGCUGUGGUUUGCAUCUCGGUUAGGUGAAUGUGUUAAUUUCCUAGUGCAGCUGGGCUGCAGGUGGCAUGUCUGGCAGUGGGUUCACUGGACUCCCACGUAUUAGAGGUGCAGCAGGAAAGCUAGGAGCAGACUGGAUAUAGAAAUGUUUGGGGAAUAUUUUAUUGACUUAGGGCCUGACCCAAAUGCCCAUGAAAUGAACAAAAGCCCCCUCCCCCAUCAAUUAUUUCAAAGGACUUCGUAUCAAGGGUUUAGAGCUCAAUCUGACCCCACUGAGGUUUGCCACUGAUUUCAAUGGAAGAUGGCAUGCUUAUUCCGUUCCCCAGGAAUUGAGUUGAUAUACUGUAUACACAUACUUAUGAGUCUCUGGGUAAGGGAAAAAUGGGGGCCAAGUCUCUUUCACCUGAACUGCAAUAUAUGCCCUAAGGUUGGAUCUGCCUGAUAAUGCUACAGCUCCUCUAAAUUGAAGAGACACUAAAACUCUAGAUUGACAACUGAGCUUAUCAUAAAAUAAUGAGUACAUUGGAAGAGUGCAAUAUAUCAUUCCUAUCAUGCCUCCGAGGAAGCCACAAAUAAUUGAAUGGUGGGGUUUGGGUGCUGUUUAAUAUCAAUGAUGCCGGUUAAUAAUGAUGGUAUGACAUAUGAUAAGCAUGUUAAAUCAGAAAUUAAAUUACCAAUUAUAUCAUCAAUAUAACUGCAGUAAUUUUGGGAAACUAAAUACUGUGAUAAUAGAUGCUAAAAUGCUAAUAUCCUCAUAUAUUAAAAACUACAGACCUCUCUACAAAUCAUUGCAUAGUAGAGAAAGUAGAUGGAGGAAUAUUAUUAUUCAUGAAAAAAUAUUUUAAUUAAUGCAAGGCAAGACUUUUUUUUCACUUAUAAAGUGAAGUAAAUCAAUUUUGCAAGGUGAUAAAACUGUGAAUUAAAGAGAUGCUUUCAAGCUGCUUAUGACCAAAAUUUUACCUACCCUCAAGGGGUAACAAUCCACUUAGAAAUGGCCUCUGGAUUCUAUGUAUUUUUUAAUUCCCUGCCAUCAAAAAAGAAAUUUUUAAAUAUAGCCAGAGUUUAUGUAGGCCCUACAAGGCCAAAUUUUCAAAAGGCUUCUUUAAUUGCCCUCUCUCCCCACCGACUGUAUUUGUGAGUGCACAUGUUUCUAUGCCGGGUAACUUCCCAGCUGUAAAACUCACAAUGUAUUUUUGAGGGAAGGAGCUCCACUUGCAUGGGUGAAUGUGAGUGGUAGAGGCACAAGCCAUUGCCCUUUCUAAAUAUUGUGGGCAGAGUUAAGAAUGACCUUUGAAAAUUGGCCUACAGUACCUUGUGCUUUUCUGCUACGGAGCCAGCAGAUGGACUACGAACGGAUGAGCAAAGACUAUUCCCAGAGUUGUUGUGACACCACUGAUGGUUCUAAAGCAGAAACACGGAAAUGAAUAGAAACAUCAGCUUAUUUUUCAAGCACCAUUAGAAACAACAGAAACAAUAAACAUUUGCCCUACCGAAAAGCUGUAGACCAGCAACCUGAUGUUAUGGUGCCAAGCACCUGCAGUGCCCCCUGGAAAUCAGGCCCUGAAUUCAUAAUGUUAUUCUAAAGCUUAUUAGAGUAAGUAAAAAGUAAAAACUACUCCAAGAAAUUAUUUGACAAUGAUCAUAGUUUAUCUCAAUUGAUAUCAAAGCCGUUUCUGACAGACCUACUUUUGUUAAUAGCCUAUUAUCUUUUCAAAUCCGUUCAGAUCUUAAAAGGAAUGUGCUAAAUCCUAGCCUGGGCUUUUUUUUUAAACCUACAUAUUCUAUCAAGAGUUGGUUUAAUUAAUAACUAAACGUAAAUAGGGUCCCAGGAAAAAUUUUCGUGGUGAGCUCUUUGACGGUGCAUGCCAAUAAAUGGAUGCUCUGUUGUCACACCGGGUCUGAUCAAACAAUCCUAAUGCUUACAGGAUUUCCAUAGACGUCAACCUCAGUUAUGUAUAUAUAUGUAAUGCAGGAUAGGGCACUUAGUAAUUAAACAAAAUAUAUUCCAGCGGAUAGGAGUGCUUGUCUGUCUUGCAUGAGAAAUUUCUUCAGGGGUGAGAAAUUUCUUCAGCCUAAUAAAAUUCAAGAGCUUUUCUAGUUAAUUUGGAAGAAGGCUUUUGUCUUAAUUAUGAUUUUUACUGGAGCAAUUCUGAACCGAGCUGCCACCAGCGACAAACUUUGUUAAGCUUGGCACUCUUAACAUAUAACCAUUCUUAAGUCCAUAAAACUGAAUGCAGAGCCUGGGGCACGCAGCCUGGACUGGAAAACUGAAGCUGAGAUUUUCAGAACUGUCUGAAUUGGGCAUUCAGCUCCCUUAGUCAACUUUGGAUCUCUCAGCCUAAAGGUGCCAAGGGGGUAUCUAAUGAGGAGCUACAAGAAAAAUGUUUGUACACGUAUAUUUAAAGGCCUGAUCCAAAAGCCACUGAUGCUGAUAGGCUCCUUUCAGUUGACUUCAAGGGGCUUCCAAUCAGGCCCUAAAUUCAACAACAUAUACAAUAUGUUUAGUGAUAUUUCUGUGAUCUAUUUUAACAAGAUUGCCCAUGUUGCCUGUUCUCCUGUCAUGUCAUGUAGGAGAGGAUGCUACUGAAUUAGUGUGGGUCAGAUUGUGGCUGGCCCUGCACGCUGGUGCAAUGGAGUAAGGGGGUGUAAGAAGCACCCUUAAUCUUUUGUGCCAUACCACCCCUUGUAGUGCAUGGGCAGUAGCAGGUUCCCCAGAGCCACUGUCUCUCUCCCUUUUGCCCUGUAGGUCCUAGCCCUAGUGAGUGUGCACACCUCUCAUUGCUCUGCCUUUUAAAUAUCUACCGCCACAGCUACCACGCAACUUGUAAAGAACAAGCUGGUACAUCAGAUCAAGAAACAAAAUGUUUUUCUCAAGAAGGGCCCAAUCUGGCGCUCAGUGACGUCGAUGGGAGUCGUUCCAUUGACUUCAGUGGGUGUUGGAUUCGACCCUGAAAGCCUGCAUUGUUAAUAAUCUGGGAAUUAGAUGCUAAAGAUUAACAUAGCUAAGAAAGGACGCCCUAGGGCCCACGCCUCCUCCCACUGGUGUUAGUGGCCAAACUCCCACUGAGUUCAACAAGAGCAGGAUCAGGUGCCUGAAAGACCUGCCUCAACACCAAAGAGGUUUGCUUGAUCAGUGUCUCUCAUCGAAAUGUCUCUGUCUUUCUUUUUUAAGUGUCAUUUAAUUUCAUUAAGUAACAAAACUAUCAGUACGACGUGUGACUCUGGGUCUUGCUACUUUAUAUUGCAUUCUAAUCAACACUAAGCUCUAGGCAAGGCUCAGAUUUAUUCCUACAUUCCUAAGGGGCCAGAUUUUACACCUUUACUCACGCUGAGUAGAGCCUCACUUUUCAAGGAGACCCAUGCCCUGCUUGUGUAGUAAGGUAUUGCUCCAUGUCAGUGAGGGUGGCAGGAUCUGGCCCUUAGUUGACGGUCCUCGUGUAGCAUAGACCAUUUAAUUAAACCCCUUCUAGCUAAUCAGUGAAUCACCUUUGGCCAUAUACUCUGGCAGCUUGUGUGACAAAAAAAUAUCAACUGCCAAUAAGCCCUUCCCGCAAAUCCUAUCCAGAAGCCCACUUGGCACUGUACUCAAUCAACCUACAGCACCCAAAAUGGUCCCACAAAAUAUCCGCAAACUCCAGGAAAGAGGGGUGGGCUAAUGAAAUGUGGAGGAGAGGCAGGGCAAAGCCAAACCCUUUGCAUGCUACCCAGAAAAACCAAAGCAAAUUACUCCAGAAACGUACAUCUUCACGUUGCUCUGAGCAGCUUUCAUUUGCAGUGAGCAAAAUUCCACAUCGUUGCAUUGAACCAGACCUAUACAGUGGAUGUUUCAGUAUUCAGGGACUUAUCUGCUCGUCUGUGGGGUGCGUCUGUUCUUCAUCUCACAUGGCUAGCAGUGUCAAUUUGGUUUUGGCCGAGAUUUUCAAAGUGACUCCUAAGUGCGGAUGCCUCAAACUCUGGGUACCUUAAAGGGCCCAAUGCUCAAAAAGUGCUGAACACCCCACCCUGAAAAUCAGGCUCCUCCCAGGUCUCUCAAGUUGGACCCCCAGAAAUUGAAGCACCCAUAGUCACUAGCCAAUGUUGAAAUUCUCAGCCCUUGUCUACGCUGGAGAUUUCAACCACUGGUGGCAGCCAGCAGUGUAGUUGUUUCAAUGCACACCCCUAACGUAGGCUAUAACCACCAUCUGCACUGGAGCAGCUUAAGAACUGCUUGAAACCAGGUUCAGUUACACGGGUGCAAAUUGGGGUGUCUAGUAGUUCACUUUUACAGGACUGGCUGUUGCUCGUGUAGCUACACUGGUGUGAACACCAAUGGCAGUAGCUGGGACAAAUCCCCAGGGUGGACAAGUUCUUAGAAAAGAGUGCUGCCAUUUCCAUAAUCCACAUGCCCUCAUUGCAGGAAAAGCUCUUCAUUGGCUCUCUAUAGUCUUGCUGGCUGCUGCUGCCGGCAAACUCUCUCCUGGUUGGGUGGGAUGAUACCCAUUAAUUAGCAUAGCUCAGCUUUGUGUAAUACUGGUGUAGCUCUUAGCCUUUUUACUACAAAGAGGGAACAGAUGGCUCCUUGUUCAUAGUAUUAGAACUUACCAGCUCAAAACUAAACUGAAUUGUUGCUGAUUCUUUUCACAGUAAACCAGGUUGGUUUGAAAGCACAUUUGCACUGCAGCAUGAAAGCAAUGCAGCGUGCACUCUCAGCAACACAGGUGCUACAUGUUACAUAAAACAGUAGAUUACAUGUGCCUAGCUGCACAUGCUUUAUCCUUUGUAAAAUUUUGCCCUGUCCCAGGGGAUUUCUGUCAUGUUUCAUCUGCUUCCUACAGCUGUAAAUGACUGAACUCUUUCUAGCUUCAUAGCAUGAGCUGGAGUGGAGCAGCAUCUCUUCUACCAGGAAGCGAGCUCAAAACAAUUGAGAUCAAAGACAGUUUCUAGAUGUAUUUGUACUGUGUAAAAAUGAAGAAAAAAAUCUGUAACAAAAGCAAAUGUUUUUCUAGAGGGAAUGAGGAUCCACUGACUUCAGUGGAAGACUUCCAUUGAUUUCAGUGUUGCUGGUUUGCAGCCUCCAUUCUUAUCACAGAAAAUAAUGAAAUGAAAUAUGCAUGGAAAUUUUUAUGCAUAGUCAAAAUGAAUAGAAAAGUCAGUUAGGUAUCGAAUGCAGUGAAAGUGUGAUAUCUAUUUUAGGCAAAGAUAUCAUUAUAAUUUUCUGGAGCAGAAUUGUAAAGUCACAUUGCAAAGACAACAAUCAGUAAAUUUGGGGCCCCAAAAUUAAGUUUUUAAAAGGUUAGGGAGAAUCCAAUAGCUGCUAUUGAUAGAAAUGCUUUCAAUAUUUGUUUUUAAUGUCAGUGAAAACUUUCUGAAUCAUGGGUGCAAAGGUAAACUUUCCAAGCUACUCCUGGGAUCCCAAACACAGCAGUGAUAGGAACCACAGCAUGAAACUUACUAGAAACAGAAAAAGAACUAACAAAUCUAAUCAAAAUCUAGUUUUUAUAUUCCAAGCCAUGCAAACAUUAUAUGAGUGGGCAUAAAUCAGGACAAGGCCACUUGAGUUUUGAAGUUCUGUUUUAAUAUUAUAAAGUGUUGCUAGUAAUUACUGCCCCUUGAAAGAAUCACUUUGCACAACAGUCUGUGUAUGGUAGGAAGGGUCUGUAUAACAAUCUCCAUCUGAAUCCUCUAACUAAAGAGUCUAGCGUGGGAUUUUCAAAAGUGCUUCUUAUUGGUAAGGCUAUGUUUUAGUCACGGGUAUUUUUAGUAGAAGUCAUGGACAGGUCAGUAACCAUGACCUGUCCAUGACUUUUACUAUAUACCCCUAACUAAAACUUGGGACGCGGGUGCUUGGGAAGGGGGGGGCGGUCUGCGGGUGCCACAGGUGCUGGGCGGGUGACUCGGGACCCCUGCUGGUGCUGGAGGGUGGCCCAGGACCCCCACUGGUGCUGGGGGGUGGGUUUGGCAGUGCUCGCAGGCUCCCUAUCUGGCUUAGAGUGUGCCUGCAGCUCCUAGGGCAAGGGAAAGCCUGGGGGGCUCCGUGCGCUGCUCCCACCAAAAGCACCAGCUCCUCAGCUCCCAUUGGCUUGGAACCACAGAAGUCACGGAGGUCACAGAAAGUCACGGAAUCAAUGAUUUCUGUGACCUCCGUGACAGACACGCAGCCUUACUUACUGGCCUAACUCUGCUCCUAGUGACCUCAAGGGAAAACUUCAAUAGAAGCUGAAUUAGGCCAAUGCUGAGUGCAUUUGAAAACAUCUCUUCAAAUUUCCACUAUUUUCUGUCUUCUUUAUUAAGGCUGUCAAAUCUUUGAGCAGAUAGACAGGUUGAGCCAAUUCCAUCCUCAGUUCUAGUCACACUAGGGCUGAAUUUGAGCCAAGGAUACUCCAGUGACCUUGUAAUGAGGUAUUUUUAUACAGCUGACCAUAUAACAUUUAGAGACACUCUGCAGAAGAUUAUUUACUGUAUAGAUGUACCCUGAUUUCCCCCAUCAUAGCUGCAACUAUUUUAAGUUAGUCAGUUUUAUAUUAUGUACCCAGCAAGCUGUUCUUGACCUCGUGCAUGUCCAGAAUUUAAAAGCAGUUUCUUAAGUAGAUGUGCAUCUUUACUAGAGUUGCUUUUAACAUGACAAUUAUUUUUCAUUUUUAAAUAAAAAUCUUGCAAACAAUUUUCAGCUUUCUAAAACCAUUUUGGUUUAAAAAAUCAGUUUUUGGUAAAAGAUUUUGGUUUUCAUAAACCAAAAACUGAUUUUUUUUAAAAUCCAUAAAUAGAAAUUAUUUUAAGGAAAAACUUUUGGUUUCUGGUUUUCCAUCAGAACCCAGAAAAUUUUGACCAAAAGGAAAAUUGUACAAAAAGAUCCAGUCAAAAAGCCAAAUAAUUGUUUUUCAGCAAAAAAAAAAUUCAGUGAACGUUUUUUGACUAGUUGUAAUCUUGACCCCUGUCCUCUGGGCAGCGAGGACAUCUCUUUUGUUUUGUUUUUAAAGCAAGGCUUACUUUCUUACUUACUGCAUGUAGUUUCCUCUGUUAUUCUCAGUGCUGCAUGAACAGAAGAGUGGAAGAAAACUGAGCACCAGCCUUUGCCUUAGCAGUCAGCUAAGACCCAAGGCAACAGUUCUUGCCCAGUGAAAGAUCUCACUGAAAUUUGAUGGGCUGUUGGUUUGAUUGUUUUAUCUGGGUUAUGUCUGCAGGACUGGACCCAUAGAGUCUUCACUGAUGAAAUUGUCAGGCAUGUGAAGCAUGAUUAUCCAUAACUUAAUGUAACCCACUGUUCAGUGUGUGUUACAUGUCGCCCUCUGCACCUGGUCUCCAAAGGAUUACCUAAGAGUAUGUCUAAACUGCAACUAGACACCUGUAGCUGGCCCAUGCCAGCUGACUCGUGAUUGGACUAAGGGACUGCUUAAUUGCAGUGUAGACCUCCUGCCUCGAGCUGGUGCCUGGGCUCUAGGACCCUGUGAGGUGGGAGGGUCCCAGAUCUCAGGCUGCAGCCCAAGCCCAGAAGUCUACACUUCAGUUAAACAGACCCUCAGCCUGAGCCCUGUGAGCCCGAGUCAGCUGGCAUGAGCAAGCUGUGGGUGUCUAAUUGCAGUGUAGACAUGCCCCACGGGACUUAGACCCAGAUCCCUAAAGGUAUUUAGGCAGCUACUUCUGGUGAUUUCAAUGGGAGUUAGACUCCUUCUUUUCAGGAUCUGGGCCUUAGUUCUUUAGUUCAAGCAGUUGAGGCAAUGCUUUGAGCUUUGGGAUCGAAUCCCUGUUGAGGACCACGGCAAAAGUCAUCAUCGUAACAAUAUUUUUCAAGUGGCACAUUUUUCAGAAGCUGAAACUGGACUGGCUGGCAUCACAUUUGUUUCACAUCAGCCUAUGGUGUAUUAUUAUGCAGGCUUCCACCUUUACUUUUGUACUUGGUUGGCCAGGUCGCAGCUUUGGCUACUUGUAACCUCCUCAUUGAUUCACUUUCACUUUGAUUCAAGGUUGUUUGCAUUGUGAUUCACAGCUAUUGUCACUGACCUGCAAUCUUCAUGUCUCAAAAUGUAACAGACAAUCUAAUGAGAAACAGGUAGAAAUACUGACCGGUAAGACUGUAGAAAUGGUUUGUUUUUAGCGUGACUGACUAUAUUCACAGUAGGACUGUGAUGCCAGCUCUCAGCACUAGCUCCAUAGUCCCACCAGGUUUGUCUGAAACCGGUAGGGAAGAAAACAUGAAGAAACCAUACUCAUCGGCUUACGAAGCAGAAUCCAGCAUUCCCUCUAUCUUAUUAUAAGAAAAUUUCUGAGAAGACAGCAGAUUAAGAACUGAGGCAUUUGCUUUUCUUCAUACAAGCAACUGAAUUUCUGUGUCUGCUAACAGUUCUUCCUAAAAGCAUUCCAUGCACAAUACAAAUGGGUUCAGGCUCUGGUUAAAACAGAGGCUUAGUGGUGGACAGUUAUAUUUGACAUGAAGGUGUCAUAUCCUUUCUGGAUGUGGACUCAGUUUCAAAAUUCAAAUUAAAGAAAUAACUUGAAACCAAGCAAAUACAUUUUUUCAGCAGUUAUGUUUUGCUUAUUCAAAAGUUUGUUAACAGUGUUCAUUUUCUAUUUAAAACCCAGAAUCCUGUAUGCUUUGGCUUACCCUCUUUUAAACAUGUAAUUAUUGUAUAUUAUAACAACUCAUUAAUAUCUUGUAUUGUACAUAGUAAUACAUUUAUUCCAUUAAAAUAAACUUAUGUCUUUUGAUGGUA